UCCUCCCAUCUUCCUCUGUUUCGCUGCGCUUUCGUCUUCCUCGGAGACUCUGUUCCUAGAGAGAGAAAGUAGAGAGAGAGAGGGAGGGAGAUGAGCAGGAACAGCAGCGGCAGGCUGAACUCGGUGUUCUACGCGGAGUCGUACCACCCGAUCCAGGCGGGCAGCAUCGACGGCACCGACGUCCUCCCCCACGACAACGCCGUCUACCGCGCCCACCUCUGCUCCUCCGCCGGCCUCUAUGACCCGUUUGGCGAUCCCAAGGCCGUGGGCGACCCCUACUGCACCCUCUUCGUGGGGCGCCUCUCCCACUUCACCUCCGAGGACACUCUCCGCAAGGCUAUGAGCAAGUAUGGUCAUGUGAAAAACUUGCGCUUGGUCAGGCACAUUGUGACUGGUGCCUCAAGAGGUUAUGCUUUUGUUGAAUAUGAAACUGAAAGAGAAAUGAGACGUGCAUAUAAGGAUGCACACCAUUCUUUCAUUGAUGAUUCUGAAAUUAUAGUUGACUAUAACAGACAGCAAUUGAUGCCAGGAUGGAUCCCGAGAAGGUUAGGAGGAGGCCUUGGUGGUAGGAAAGAGUCAGGACAGCUUAGGUUUGGAGGACGAGAAAGACCAUUUCGAGCUCCUCUUCGCCCAAUCCCAUUGGAUGACUUGAAGAGGCUGGGCAUUCCACCUCCUCCAGAGGGACGGUACAUGUCUCGCUUUGAGGUUCCUUCACCCCCUAGAAGAGGACAGGGUUUGUUAGAUAAGGAAGAAGGAUCUUACAGAAGCUCUGGGAACAGAGAAGAGCAUACUCACAAAAGAAACUCUGAGGACAGGGAAGAUCGCGUGCAUGGGAGGAGCCCUGAUGAUACAUUAGAUCACUCUUAUGACAAAAGUUCCAAGGAAGAACAUCGCCAUGACAAGAGGCGCCAUAAGGAUCGGGAGUUUUCCAAUAGGAAGAGCUCAGUGGAAUUAGAAGAGAAGCGCCAUUACAGAAGCUCUGUGGAGAAGGAAGAAACUGUGAGAAGCUCUUUGGAUGGGGAAGAGCGCUCUUGCAAACCGAGCUCCAUUGAUGACGACGGACGUGUCAAGAAAAGGAGCAGAAGAAGUUCAUCGGAGAGAGAGGAUCAUAAAGAGAGAGACUCUUCUGAUAGAGAGGAGCGCCAUCACAAAAGCAGGUCUCGAGAUGAGAAAGAAUGCUCUUAUGAGCGUCACAAACAUCGCGAGACUAUCCAUCAGCGUGAGGGGAAAAGAUCAAUCAGUCGAGACUAUCCAUCUGAUUAUUGAUUUUUGGGCCGUUCUUAUUUGGUUUGAUUCCCGAGAAAGAUGCACGUAGGAAUUGCUUUUUGCUAGCCUUUUCUACAGAGUGUAAUUCCCCACCAUGCAUCCGUUCAUGAUGAAGUUUGCUUUGCUUUUUAGGAGAAUGAUGUGUAUAGAGAUUUUAAGUAA